UCUGUCAGGCAAAUGUACCGGCAGUCUCACAGUGCAGCUAGCACGUGGCCAGACGUCUGUGCUGUGCUUUGUGUGGUGGGAGUGACUGCAAAAGAAGAAGCUCAAACUGGUGUUUGCAUCCUGCCGUGGAAGUGCAACGGUGCGAGUGCUGUUGUGUGCGCGUGUUGUGUGUUUGAGAGGUGUGCUAGCCGUCAGAGCAAGUUCAAGAAUGAAGAGAGGCCAGAACGGAGAGGAGGCAGCUGCCGAAGGAGAGAAUGACUCCAGCUCUGCUUCUGCGAAGAAAGCAAAGAAGACUAAGGAACCAGAGGCCCCGAUAAUGUACGACGAUCCUCCUGACAAACUGACCAGCAAAGACGGACGUGAUGCCAACAUGAAGAUCACAUCCUGGAAUGUGGAUGGGCUGAGAGCCUGGGUGAAGAAGAAGGGCCUAGAUUGGGUGCGUGAAGAGGCUCCAGAUGUUCUGUGCCUGCAGGAGACAAAGUGUGGGCAGAAAGACCUCCCUGCUGAUAUCACCUCAAUGCCAGAGUACCCUCACAAGUACUGGGCCGUGACGGACGAAAAGGAGGGGUACAGUGGCGUGGCCAUGCUCUGCAAGACUGAACCCAUCAAAGUCACGUACGGCAUUGGCAAAGAAGAGCAUGACAAGGAGGGCCGCGUCAUCACUGCCGAGUUCCCCAACUUUUACCUUGUAACUGCCUACGUGCCAAACUCCGGCAGAGGCCUCGUGCGCCUUGAUUACCGCAAAACCUGGGACGAGGACUUCCGGGCAUACCUGACCGAGCUGGACGUACAGAAGCCUCUGGUGCUGUGUGGCGACCUCAAUGUUGCACACCAGGAAAUCGACCUGAAGAACCCAAAGGGCAACAAGAAGAAUGCUGGCUUCACUCCCGAGGAGCGCGAGGGCUUCAGUCAGCUGCUGUCAUCCGGGUUUGUUGACAGCUUCAGAGAGCUCUACCCCGACCAGUGCUACGCGUACUCCUUCUGGACCUACAUGAUGAACGCACGCUCAAAGAACGUGGGCUGGAGGCUUGAUUACUUUCUGCUGUCGUCUGGUCUGCUGCCAGGUCUGUGCGACAGCAAAAUUCGCAACAAGGUGAUGGGGAGCGACCACUGCCCCAUUACUCUGCACAUCGCAGUGUAGAUCAAGUUAGUUUUUACUGCUGUCUUAGUACUACUGUUACCACUUCACUGAUCAUGGUUACCAGUGUAUUAUAGGGGAGAUUCCCCACUCAGGCUGGGAUAUCUUUUAUCUAUGGACUUUCUCAUGGCUGAACUGCUGCCCAAACUCACUUUCAGUAGGUCCAGGUAGGCUUAGUUGUCUUGUGGAUUGAUUUAAAGGCCCAUUUGUCCUCUUCAUGUAAGUUCAUCAGUAAGCCCAGUGAUUUAAAGGAAAACACUAAAUAUUCAAAGAUCUCUAAGCUAAAUUUCAAUGAAGUCCUGUGACAGGCAAAAGAACCUACAAGUUUUUUUUUUUUCAUUUCAACCACAGCUGUUUAAAAAAUGUAACUAUUUCUUGCACACAACUUUAUCAAACAUGU